AACCGAUAUCCGCUGCGGUUUGACUCAAAUGCUGUUGAACUGAUCGCAGCAACAGUGUGCGGAGACAGACCAUUCAGAAAAGUCUUCGCACUUCUGGUCAUUAUGAACAAGCUCGCCGACAUAAACGCGUUGAUUGAUGAUGGAGUUUCAGACAAAACUCUACCCUUGUCAAUGCUACCUGAAUCGUGCUCGACAAAUACCUUUCAGUUGGGUAGUAAUCGCACUUCGAAGAAAUCCAUUCGACAACUGGAGUGUUUCGCCAAAUGGGACGCAAUAGAUGUCUGGACUUUUGAAGAGUGGCAAUGGACUACCCUGAGCCCUGUCCUUGAACGUGGGGGACGCAGGAACGUCAAGCAUCUCAUCAUUCGAGACGAAGUGCCACUUCCAUUCACAGAUGACAGUCGAUAUAGCUCCGAUGCACAUACCCUCAUCCAAGGAGGAUUUAGUACUGUGUCCAAGGUUCAUAUACACCCCGCCAACCAUCGCUUUCAGGGCCCUGAGAAUGUUCAUAACGAUCACUUCGCGGUGAAAUGUCUUUCUUCAAGGACGAGACAAGAUUUUAAACAAGAGGUGGACAUGCUCAUGACCUACAGUGGCGACACUCAUCCGCAUUUAAUCUCACUCUUGGCGACAUACGAGCAGUAUCAAAUGUUCUAUUUGAUAUUCCCAUGGGCUGAAGCCGAUCUACAGUGUUAUUUAGAAAGAAUAAAUCCACAUCCGAAAAUGGACUACCCAACUGUCCAGUGGUUAGCACAGCAAUGUCAUGGCUUCGCUAGCGGCCUCUGUCAAUUACAUCGGCAUCAAACAACCUAUGUCAGCAACGCAUGGUCAGAUAAUGAAACAAAAAGCUCAGAGACGCACGAAAUUGGGCGGACGACCCAAGUUCAACUAUAUGGCCGGCACGGAGAUAUUAAGCUUCAGAAUAUACUGUGGUUCUGUGACCCGAAGAAAAGCGGUGACAGGGGAGUUUUGAAGAUCACUGACUUCGGUUUAGCUGAGUUUAAAACAAGUCCUGCAAGAUUAUAUAGAGGAGCGAGCCGGAUGAAGUUCAGUCCUCCGUAUCAGCCACCCGAGUGCAACACACCAGGUGGUCGUGUAGGUCAAUCUCACGAUAUUUGGUCAUUAGGAUGCCUCUAUCUGGAGCUUAUUGCUUGGUUGCUGGGGGGCUGGGAAUUGGUCAAGAGUUUUCAGAGUGCUCGAGAAAGUACUGACCCGGAGUACUACGCCAAAGCUAUCAAUGGUACCUUUUUCACCAUCAUCCCAGGCGGUGGAGAUGGCUUGGGCGUAGCUGUAGUGAAGCCUGCAGUAAAGCAGUUUAUCGAUUCUCUUCACAGCCAUGCAGCCUGUUCCGAGUAUCUGCAUAAGUUCCUGGACCUAAUUGAGACAGAUAUGUUGAUCAUAAAAUCAACCAAUCCAAUCGAAAUGAGGAGAAUUGGAAUACCGGAACUCAACGUUCAAUUAGGCGCACUUUAUCGUCAGGUAUGUGGCGAUGCCACAUUCGCAACCACAGCGGCAACACGGAACCUGCAGGACACCUGACAGCAUCUCCGCCCUGUUAUUUUGGCCGUUUCUCCCAGGUCUAGUCUCUUAUAUAUACAAGUCUUCCUUUAG